GCAGCGGGAGCGCGUGAGCGGCCGGCGGGCGAGGCUGGGGGCCCCGGAGAGCGAGCCGCAGGGCGGAGGGCGGACGCGAGCGCAGCGGGCGGCGGCGGCGGCCGAGGUGCGGCGGCGGCGGCCGAGAAGAUGGCGGACGGCGACAGCGGCAGCGAACGCGGCGGCGGCGGGCCUGGCGGCUUCCAGCCCGCGGCCCGCGUCGGCGAGCAGGAGACGCAGGAGCUGGCCUCGAAGCGGCUGGACAUCCAGAACAAGCGCUUCUACUUGGACGUGAAGCAGAACGCCAAGGGUCGCUUCCUCAAGAUCGCCGAGGUGGGCGCGGGAGGCUCCAAGAGCCGCCUCACGCUGUCCAUGGCGGUGGCCGCCGAGUUUCGCGACUACCUGGGCGACUUCAUCGAGCACUACGCGCAGCUGGGCCCCAGCAGCCCCGAGCAGGUGGCGGCGGCGGCGGCGGGAGCCGAGGAGGGCGGCGGACCGCGGCGCGCGCUCAAGAGCGAGUUCCUGGUGCGCGAGAACCGCAAGUACUACCUGGAUCUCAAGGAAAACCAGCGUGGCCGCUUCCUGCGCAUCCGACAGACGGUCAACCGCGGCGGCGGCGGCCCCGGGCCCGGCGGCCUGCAGAGCGGCCAGACCAUCGCGCUACCUGCGCAGGGCCUCAUCGAGUUCCGGGACGCGCUGGCCAAGCUCAUCGACGACUACGGCGGCGACGACGACGAGCUGGCGGGCGGCGCGGGCGGCGGCGCGGGAGGCCCGGGCGGCGGCCUGUACGGCGAGCUCCCGGAGGGCACCUCCAUCACCGUGGACUCCAAGCGCUUCUUUUUCGACGUGGGCUGCAACAAGUACGGCGUGUUCUUGCGCGUGAGCGAGGUGAAGCCGUCCUACCGCAACGCCAUCACUGUCCCCUUCAAGGCCUGGGGCAAGUUCGGGGGCGCCUUUUGCCGGUAUGCGGACGAGAUGAAGGAGAUCCAGGAGCGACAGCGGGACAAGCUGUACGAGCGACGCGGUGGGGACGAGUCCGAGGGCGAGGAGGUGGACGAGGACUGACGCAAAGCGCGCCGCUUCCCCGAUGGGCCCCCCGCCCCACCACCGUCUCCUUGGCCAGAGAGCCCCUUUCCCGCUCAUCCCCUGGGAGCUAGUGGAGGCGGAGCGAGGGGGCCCCUGUCGGGCGAACACACAAUGAAAAAUAAUACAGUUAAUUAAGAGAAAUAACCGUAAAAGAACAGUCGCGAACAAUUAAAAGCAGCAAAGUUCCAAGGAGUUAACAGCAAUCUGCAAAGAGGACAACCUGAGCAAAAUCGUCUCGACUUACGUUGUUUUCAGCCAAGGUCUCUGAACCUGCCAGGGUAACCCUGGAAGGGACAGAGUUGCACAUGCCCGGGGCCACUGAUGCCAGCCGAAUUGGUGUCACCCCUGGGUGUCCCGGCCUGACCAUCUCUCCAGACCUCAUUGUCCUGGUGUCGAUUACUUCACCUCCACUGAAAUCAGCAUAUUGGAUCUGGGUCUUUAUGGGAUUCUUGAGAGAGGCUUUUACCUUUAUUUGGCUCUGGGAGUACAAGUUUCACGCAAAGGAAGGCAGCUCCAAGUAAUCAUGGACGGGGCAAAAGAGCAGUUCAAGUAGCCACCAGGAAAUGUAGGAACCGGUUGCAUUGUUCCUGCUUCAGUGGUUUUGCAGAACUUGGACCAGUGUUCAUGUCUUUUUGCGGAAUUGUUUUCCUGGAUGCAAAUGGAGUCAGGUGUCGAUCCUUCAACUAGAAUCUGUUACUAAAGGAUCUUAGAAGUUGGCAAAAUUUGUCCGAAGCUAAGAGCAGUCUUACAUUGGAGAUUGCUGAGGCAGACACAGGAAGAAAACCGGCAUCAAGCACAAGGAGGACGGAGCAGGUGGGCCGCCGCUCACGAAAGUUCUCCCCAGGUCUGCAGACACUGAGGUCUUACCCAGAGAUGGCUUAGGGGUGAAUAAGAGCCGGAUUCUCCAGCGCUGCACCGCACAAGCCAGCAAAUUAUGGCCACUUCGGCCAUUUGGGCCACUGGUUGGCUGGAUUUUAAACCGUAAAACUUGAAGAUCCCUGCGAAAGGAACCGUGUGGCUACAAGCCUGAGCUUUAAUGGAAUAUACGUCCUCUGGGGAAAGUUGGGGAUAACCAAAACUGAAGUCUUCAUCUACCUUCAGUUGAAUCUGUGGAUUUACUCAAACACUAAAGAUCCUCAGGUCCAGAAUUCCAGCAUCAUCUAUUCUUUUAAAGUAGAUUUGUAAGAACUUGAUCCAUUGUUUCAGUACCUCACGAUCGAAGUUGGCAAAUGAUGGAUGAGUGAUUCGAGCCGUGUGCCCUUCGGAAGCUGAAAUCCAUCUACAUGGGGACAAAGAACGUGAAAACGCUAUGUCCUGGAAGCAUUUUUAUACCAUCUUGAAAUUUCUACAGACUGGCCCUUGGCCAGUGGAUCCAGCUGUUUUUCAAGAAUAAAAGUUGGGGUUUUCAAGGAUCGCCUCUUCUAUAUUUUAAAUGGAUUUUCAGUAGAAAUGAUUUUUACUAAUCAAGUUCAUCCCACCCCAUCAAAAGGUAUUCCUAGAAGUGUCACAGAGCUAGGUGACUUUGAAUUGAACGGGAGCUAACGUUCUUUCCAAAGUUUUUAGGCCUGCCUUGUGCGACACCUCAACUGGGAGGCAGGUAACACCCACCUCCAACGAUCUUAGUUUUGUUUUUCUUUUUAACUGCAUGCCUGCCCUUAUUUGAGCUGCCUUUUAAUUUAUUGCAUACCCUUUUUAUUAUCUUAUUUUGGUAUUAUUCAAUCUAUACAGUCUUUUUGUAUUUAUUGGGAAAUAAGUGAUCUACAAAAAGGUCGUUUUCAUGCAUUGUGGCCGAGGGGGAGGGAAAGAACUGUACAUAAAAUUAGGCUUUUUUAAAAAUUAGACUGGUUCAGAAAUACUGUCUAUCUUAGAUUUUUUUUUUUAAGUGGAAGAGCCACAAACAAUGGUGCCCUUUUCAGACUAUUUCUCUACUCUUAUCAUCCACAGUAGACUUUUUAAACAGAUUUUUUUUAAGGCUUUUCCUUUUUUUAAGAAAAAAAAAAACUUUCUCCGUUGCAAAGAAUGUUUCCUAAAUUGUAUGGGAGCAAUAGUAUUUUUGAUGUUUUAAUGACAUCUGUAUACUUGUACUGUAUUUUGUACUACAAGGCAGCUGUUUUCAAUAAUGUCCUGCUGUAUUUACUUAUGUGUUUUGAGUGUUUAUUUCUUUGCUGCGGAGAACAAAUCCCUACAUAGUUUUGGUAAGGGCGCCGAGAAGCUGGCAUUAAGUUUGCAGAAACUGUUUCAGUUUCAGACUUCAAGGCAGCGAUGGAAAGUGAGGUCGCAGCUCUCGGUUCACUGCUGUGACUUUCCUUUUCAAACCAUGUACGAGUCCCGUGUAGACCGACGGGUCUGUUUUGGUUCCGCGGGGGUUCCUGUUGCUCCGCGGCCGUGAGCCAGUGCAGUUCUGCAAAGGUGCAGCGUCUCUCCUUUUUAAGGGGUUGGUUUGUCUUUCUUUUCUUUUCGUUUGGCUGAAUCGCAGUCCUGAGCCUUGCCUUUCUACUCUGUAGAAAUGACAGGGUCUUUGCAACCCUUCACCAGUGGCUACUAAGCUAUAAUUAGCUGAAUAGAAAGAAUGUGGAAGUGGUCUGAGGCAUAUAGACUGUAUGCCAGGAGCGCUACCAUAUAUGGGAUCAGCUUUGGUUACCAGAGAAAUUUUCUUAGUCAUUAGACCGUGUAACAGUAAUAUAUCAUAUGUAAAUCUUUAGAUAUCAAUUUGAGAAUCCUCCAAAAACAGGAGCCAAGAAUGCAUAAGCUAUGUGUUGGAAAAAGUAAUUUAUAUUAAAAUUUUGACCUGCCUAUGUAAGAUUAAGUGGUAGACGUCAUAGUGGUGGGUUUUUAAGUCUUAACCAAUCUAAGAGGUUAGUUCCUCCUGCGGGGGUGGUUCGGGCCUCUCCCGUCCCCGCAGGAAGGUUAUGGGAGAGCGUGGAUUCGCUGUAGCGGUUCACCGGCCCUCGUUCUGCUCCCUGAUCUGGGGCAAUAGAAAGUUUUGAUGUGCGGUGGGUCCAGCAGGGCCGUGUUUGGGAACUCGUUCAUAAACCGUGCUCCUUAGAGAAGAUGUUGGUUGAUUUCGGCCACAAUAUGGCCUUAUGGAUUGGGAGACAACCGAUUUUUUUUUUUUUUAUCUCUCGUCUCUUCCUCUCCUACGAACAGUGAUUUAGGGCUUGUUUUUUUAACUUUGGCAAACAUCCCAGCGUAUCACAUGUUCCAAAUAGUCCUGUUUCUGAGAAGCAGGGAACUAAACUUCCCUUUCAGACGAUUGCUGAAUCGUUUUUCUCAAAACUACUGUGGUUAGAGAUGCGAGAAGUCAAAUUUUUGGCACAGAAUCAAAAGAGCAAAAGUCUAUGACGAGAUCCCACUAGUCCCUUCUGAUUCCCAUUGUCCCUGCUGUCGUUCCAGCAGGGCAGCACAGAAAGUCCUGUGCGCACACCCUGCCCGGAGCGAAAUGUCCAUCCGCACGGCACCCCCAAUCCAAGCGGAAACCGGACGGAAAACCCAGACACCCUAUGUUGCUGUGGGAGGCAUGUAGUUGGCAUAAGGGACUGUGGCCACGGUGCACACGCGGCCACCUGUCAAGUCACUUUCCAUAACUGUUUACUGCAAAAACGAUGGAGAAGCGUUGGGUGCGGGCAGCCAGUCACCUCCCGCUGCCUCCGCUCCCUCCGUUGUUCUGCGGUAGACGCAGGUCUUUUAAGAGACGCGAACUUCAGUUUUCUCAAAACAAACCAAUUCUCCUGUCUUAUCCGAAAAUGCAGGGUUGUGGGCAAAAGAGGCUGGUUAUAAUAAUGCCCUCAUAUUGAGUGGUCUGAAAACGGCUGCACACCGCAGGCACUGUGGUUGCCUAGGACGCUUUGUUACAUGUGACCUUGACGGGCUCUACUUGAGGGUAGUCACCCGAUGCAAGGUGUGGCAAGGUGACUGUCCCAUUGGCGUCUGCCUUGCUGUCGAGGUGGAUGCGCUGAAGAAGCUUGAGUGUGUAAGCCGCCCGCAUGAGUAUCCUUCAUUGUAAAUUUUGUUUUCAUUUUUCACCCUGUUGAUGGUACUUUGUCCAAUGCACAACUGAUCUCUCAGUAGAUAUUCAUUUGCAAAUAGCGUGGCCUUGAUCAGUGAGAGGGAAGGAGAGCAGUAACUCUGUGUGCGGGCAGGUGGGCAGGUGGUCCCUUUACCAGGGAGCCGCCGGCAGCACACUUAGUGGCAAAUGCUCAUGCGCUUUGUCUCCUUUCUGACUGGGGAAAGUUCAUGGCUUUGACCCUGGAGGUAUUAAUUCAAUUGAGUUGUCUUCUAUUUUAGGAAGUAUCAGAAUUGCUCUGAUAAGUAACAAAGUUGACUGCUUUGGUGUCCAUUCUCAGGUUUUAGAAUAUAUAUAGUGGUGUGAAAACCCCACUGUUAACUCUUAAAACGAUUUUAAUUUAAUACACCCUGAAAGUCCCAGACACGAGGCCUGCUCGGAGAGCAGGGCCUCGCCUGUUUCGCUCCUUUUCCACUUCGUACUUCACUUGAGAAAGUGUCGAGUUAUUUGACAUUGUAUAUUUCCAUUGGAACCCCGACAUAUUUCUCAGAGCUAAAGCACUUUUUGAUAAUGAGCUACAUGGGAUCUUUGUGUGAUGUGGUCACGGUUUCUCAGGCUCCCUUAGAUAAUCUGCUUAUGAAUAUUGUUCUGUGUAAGAAGAGUGAAAAUCUUUGCUAACGUUAAAAAGUUUGUAUUCUUGACCAGAAUGCGUUUUGCUAGCUUCCAAUGCGUGGGAGAGUUGACGAUGCUGCGUUCACGAUGUGAUGGUUACUUUCCCUUAAGCCUUAAGGUAACUUUCUGUUGUUUUUCCUCCUGUCAACAGCAGUGCUGAAGCCCUAGUAAGUGACUGAGACACUCAGCUCCCAGGGCUGCUCCUGGGGUUACUGUAAACCAGCUCGCUGUCUUCCUAAACAGUUACCGUCCCCCUUGAGUAAACUGGAUCGUGGGCGUGAGGGUGGGUGGGGGAGAUGGUUUGGACAAAAGAGGAAAAAAAAAGAACCACAUGUACCUUAAAAAUACAGACACAAAAGUAAAACCGUGCAUGUCAGGGCCCCGGGUGCAAUUCCAGACAGAACUUCAUGUUCCCAGUUUUUCAUCUAGAAAAGCAAACUCCUUAAAUUCCAAGUCCAUGCCCUGAAGUUUUAGGAGCUCACACUCGGGGGCGGUGGGCUCUCUUCCUGUAUCUCAGUUUGCUAGUUAAAGUCACUGUUUCCAGCCCUUGGGCUUAAAACAGUUUUCAUUACUAUUCUUUUGCUAAGUGUGGUCCAGUUGUCAGGAUGGAGGAAAUUCGACCUGGGGAGAAUGAGAAAACAAUCUAGUUGUAUCACAAAGACUUUACUCUGGCAAUUUCUAGUUAACACCCGUUCCCCUUAUCCAAGUAAGACUUUUAUGAAUGUAUUUUCGUAUUUCCUAAUGACAUAGGGAAUAUGCCAUCAGCAUAAUCACCCUUCCUCACCCCCCCCCCCCAUCUCUUAACGUUUCAUUUGAAAAUCUGACUCCUCCUUCCUCGGAUUAGACAUUGACUGGAAUCGAGAGAGUCGUGUUCACACGGCAGCAGACACCACAGUGGUAGUUUCACUGCUCGGUUGGGCUUUUGAUAACAGGAGGGCAGAGCUAUAUUUGAACCAAAAAUAAAAAAAAAAUCCCCCCCCCCAGAGAUGAUCCUAACAAAUGGUUUGCUGAAAGAGUGUGACUGUACUUUUGAUUAGCAUGAAAUUUUGGGUCUAGGAGCAAAUGUCAUGUUCCCUGCUUGUAACAUGGCCGCUGACGUGGACGAGGGGAGGGUGACUCCGGCUUUAGGGUGAUGAGAUAGGGGGCACUGUGUUGAGAGACCUUGGCAGAUCUGUCCAAACUCCUUGUGCUCGAGCAUCCUGUAGGUGACAGGAGCCUGUCUCUCUUUUUUCCUACCUUCAGUAGCUCCCAACAGCAAACUCAAGAAAAGGGAGUUAGACUAGACAUUGUUUCCCACAGGCGGACUUUCCAGCCCGGGCCUCAUGCUGCGCUGUAACACCAGGCGAGGUCAAAGCAGUCGGUUUGCAAACAGAAUGGCAAGUAGUAUGUUUCUUCCCUUUGUAAGUUCCCUUUUCCGGGACUGAGGGCAGCAGGAGAGCCCCAAGAAAGGCAAGGAACAGGAUUGUAUCACUAAGCACAUUUGUGUCUAGGAAUUUGGUUACAGUUUCAUUGUAAACGUUCUCUUCUGAUGCGGGGCACGCACCCUUUCCUCCCACAUGUGUCUCCUCCUUGUUCAGAAAGUCUCUGGAUUCCUAGAAGUUCCUAGACGGGGCAAAAGUCCAAAAACUGAGGUUAAGUCAGUACAGGGCAUACUUGUAAAGAGUCUGUACUUUACAUGUUGUGGUAGCAGGUGAGUCUAUUUAGAUUUUUUUUUUCAGUGAUUAUCAAUAUUUGAAUAAUAACAGAUUAUCGGUGCAUUAGUGGGGAUUUAUUCUUCCUUUUGCUCCUUCAUGCAAAUGUUUUCCCAGGAUCACUUCUAGAAGUCCAUUUGUCUUCUCAUAGGUCCAGGUGGCACACCGUCCAUUCUGUAGGCACUUUCCCUGCCGGUCAUGACCACCAGGGGCUUCCUUAGACCAGAGUCUCCACUCCAGAGUUGGGACUGAUGUCCUUCCAGUAGAGAAUCUGCACAAGUUGUUGAAAUGAGUUAAAACCAAACAGCAAGAGACAGAGCCUCCUGCUCUAGACGGACAACUAGAUGUUUUACUGGGGGGAUGUCUUCGGUCUCUGUGUAAAUACCCACAUGCUUGUGCGUCGUACACCAAGUGUGUGUUCCUGUGUAUGGAUCUGUAGAACUGAUUUCUGCUUCAAGAGAAGUCGCACCUUUAAUUUUAUAAGGUCUCCUCUACCUGUAACCCUAUAAAUAUUUGUAAAUAGAACACUAAAAUUUGUAGCGUUAGGAUCAAUUUGGGAAUAUCUGCUGAGAGACCAAAAAGUUCAUUUUUUUAAGUACCUUGGUUAAAGAGUAAAGAUGACUCCUCUUAUUUUUCAAAAAGAAGAAUGCACUUUAACAAACAGCUGCAUGGGCGAUUCUGACAAACCCGUGAGGCGCAGUGCCGUUCAGAAAUCACACUUCCUGGAAACCGUUCAGAAGCAGAGUGUAGACGGGCUGCGGAGCUCACCUCCUGGAGAUGGCGGCUCAGGCGCCUGCGAGUCUCCAGACAAGCAGGGCUGCCACCAAAGCCCGGCGCGAGCACAGCCAGAAGCUUCCGGCAGGCCUGUGACAGGCGGAUCCCGUACUCACCACUAACUAGCGAGACUGACAGACAAGCAGAGGGAAAAAAAAAAGUGUAAGAAUCCUUACCGCUGGUGUGCACUCCUGGUGAUAGCAGAUUUUGCAAAUGGAGUUUUACAGUCUAUAUUUAAAAAUUGUAUGUUUGUAACAAAUAAAGUAUGCGGAAAAGUGAA